CUUGCUUUUACGGGACCACAUGUCGUUCUCUAUACAUUCUUAAUACCCAUGCACGACCGUUCUCUAUACAUUCUUAAUACCCAUGCACGACCUGUUACUUCUGCAAGUAACUAAUACUAUCUUUUUCUAUCCAUCUCUUCUCCACGCGCAGGACUAGUAACCGCUUAGUACCCUGCUGGAGAUGCGGUAAGUCAAAUCGCUGAUUGUCAGUACUAACUAAGCUGAACCUCAGGCACUCAAAUUCUCUAGUUCCGGAGCUGUAGCAUACUUUCAGUCUAAAAAAAUCUACAUAGGGAGCAGAGCGGAGAAAGAAUAGUCGGGUGUCAAUGCAAUAAACAAAAUCCCAAUGGACAAUUUCAUCGUAAAACCCUCGCAACCAACAACACCAGCCAGACACGGCCAGCCUCAGCCGACGAGGAUCCGAGUCAGCCAGCGUCACUGUCCAUUCAUUCACCCACCAAAGCGGUUUAUCUCCCAACGGAGCUUUCCACGUCCCGAGAUUUGUUCCCAACGCCCUUAUAAUCCAUUCACCGGCGACCCAUCACCGGAGGCUUCCCAGAGACACGGCAGACAGACAGCAACGUUCUCAUAGUUCUAUACGCAACAGGAGGAGCUAGCUGCUGCCGUGUUAAUUGGCCGGCGCCGAGGAUGAAGAAGUGCGCGUCGGAGCUGGAGCUGGAGGCCUUCAUACGACAACACCUUGCCGCUGAACGGAACAGACCGAGCCCAGGAACGGACGCCGGCGUGUUCUCCUCGACCCAUGGCGGCGGCCUGCCGGUGCCUGGCCUCUGCUUCGGUGAUUCGCAGAAAGCCCUGGAACUGGAAGGGAGCGACGCCGGCCAUCAGUGGUGGUCCGACGGUGUCUGUGCGCCGCACCCUGCUGUCUCGUCGACAAUGGGUUCGCAAACAGCGGCCGUCUCCGCUAGCCCCAGGGAGACCACCUCAGGGAACCAGGCCCUUGAAAGUGAGUCAGAAUCUGGUAGCGAGUCGCUGAUUGAUAUAGAAGGAGGUCAAUGCAAUCGCAAAUCCACAGACACAAUGCGAAUAAGAAGGAUGGUGUCCAACAGGGAGUCAGCUCGGCGAUCGAGGAGGAGAAAGCACGCACAAUUAACUGACCUCGAGUUGCAGGUUGAACAGCUUAAAAGUGAAAGUGCGUCACUCUUCAAGCAGCUUACAGAGGCCAGCCAGCAUUUCACCUCCGCGGUCACAGACAACAGGAUCCUGAAAUCAGAUGUGGAGACCCUAAGAGUCAAGGUAAAAAUGGCAGAAGAUAUGGUGGCAAGGACUGCAAUGUCCUGUAACGUAGGACAACUAGGGUCGGCACCAUUUCUGAACUCAAGGAAGAUGUGUCAAGCCUUGGACAUGCUCACAGCCACAGGGUUGGAUCUGCCAGGGAACCAUGCACUCUUCAAAGAUCCAACCCCGGCUCGACAAGUUCAGACUUCGACGGUGCAAAGCACUGCAAGUCUAGAGAGCUUGGAUAACCGGAUGUCAAGCGAGGUGACCAGCUGUGCAGGUGACAUGUGGCCUUAAGAUUCACACCGAACACUCAAACAGGACCUUCCAUGUGAAGUAAUAGGCUAAUACGGAGUAGCUUCCAGGAAAUGGCACAAGGAGUUGUGUUUGCACAGUGAGCCAGUGAGGUAGCCUGGUGCCCCGCGCUAAACUAAAAAGAUCUGUGAAAUUGGAAUCGUGUUUAGGACUCAAUCCAGCUCAGCGAGAUGAUUAUUUGAGGAAAAAAUAGGGGAUACUAUACUUUGUUAAAAUAAUAUCAGAAUUUGCCAGACUACAUGAUCUAAAAUGAAGAAUAUGGUUUUGCUUGUUGUUU